GCAAGGGAAAGUCGGUGCGAUUGGCUGGGAACUGCAUCCACCCCACCCCCCAAAUGUCACCGCUUUCUUCUCAGCAAGGAAAGGAGCAGACCGCUUAGGCAGAACUCCCAUAGCUUAGCCGGAAGGGUCGGGAAAUGGUUACUCUAAUGACGCCGUGACAGAGGGAGGAAAGAGGGCUGCCUCAACGCGAAAACAAAAUCUAGAAAGAUUCGGGACCUAUUUAGUGCGACGAGGCGGAGCGACAAUCAUCGCGCUCGGGCCAACUGCAGCUGCGCAGAGUCGCAUUUCCGUUCCCGCCCCUGAAAACCUGGAGAACAAUCUGUCAUGGCGCACGGGCUGUUAAGUUUGUACGCUCGCCGCCUUUUGGCAGCAGCGGCGACGCGAGGGCGCCUGGCUGCCUGGGUUCGCUCGGAAUCCAGCUCCGCCAGGGCUGUGAUCGCCCCGUCCACUGUGGUGGGAAAGCGGGCACCGGAACCGACUAUGCGCUGGCAGGAGGACCCAGAUCCAGAGGACGAAAACCUCUAUGAGAAGAACCCAGACUCCCAUGGCUAUGACAAGGAUCCUGUUGUGGAUGUCUGGAACAUGCGGGUCGUCUUCUUCUUUGGCUUCUCCAUCGUCUUGGUCCUUGGCAGCACCUUUGUGGCUUAUCUGCCUGACUACAGGAUGCAGGAGUGGGCCCGCCGGGAAGCUGAAAGGCUUGUGAAAUACCGAGAAGCCAAUGGACUUCCCAUCAUGGAAUCCAACUGCUUUGACCCCAGCAAGAUCCAGUUGCCAGUGGAUGACUGACUGGAUGCCCAGUGGGGCUCAAGAAGCACUACCUUCUCUACCCCCUGCCUGCCAUUCUGCCCUCUCCUCAGAGCACCUUAUUAAAAGGACUGUAAAUCUGA